AUGUUUUUCACGCCGGAUUUGAUUAUGAUCCUUAUUUUAAAGAGGAAUUUCAGAGCGUCGGGAGAGUUCAUACUCAACAAGAUGAAUUUAAUGGCUACAAGCAAAAUUCCUUUAAUUUUUUCAAAGAGUUUGCAAAGGAUAUAUAUAAAUAUGAUAUCACUCACCAAGCUUGGGAAAUCAACCCGAGCAUCAGCAUCCCUCGUUUGCACCAUUUUAACGUUGUUUAUGCAAAAGACAGAGACGAAUAUAUAA